UUGUGCGUCACAUGCGCGACACACGCGGCGUUCUUCCGUUCGGCCUUCAGACGCGUUCGAACGCGCUUUCAUAUUUCGACUCGCGCUUUGUAUUAAAUCUGACCGCAAUAAUGGCCGCAGCCCCCGUUCCCGUGAGGAAAAGGAUCAUGAAGGAGGAAGACAUGACCAAGAUCGAGUUUGAGACGAGUGAAGAAGUCGAUGUGACGCCGACGUUUGACACGAUGGGCCUGAGGGAAGAUUUACUGCGCGGGAUCUACGCAUACGGUUUUGAGAAGCCAUCAGCCAUUCAGCAGCGAGCCAUUAAACAGAUCAUAAAGGGAAGAGACGUCAUUGCCCAGUCACAGUCCGGCACUGGUAAAACAGCCACAUACUGUAUAUCGGUUCUGCAGUGUUUGGACAUCCAGGUUCGAGAGACUCAGGCUCUGAUUUUGGCUCCAACUCGAGAGUUAGCAGGACAGAUUCAGAAGGUGCUGCUGGCGUUGGGUGACUACAUGAACGUUCAGUGUCACUCAUGUAUCGGAGGCACAAAUGUGGGGGAAGACAUCAGAAAGCUGGACUACGGUCAGCAUGUGGUGGCCGGGACUCCUGGAAGAGUGUUUGACAUGAUCCGCAGGAGGAGUCUGAGAACACGGGCCAUUAAGAUGCUGGUUCUGGAUGAGGCAGAUGAAAUGCUUAACAAAGGUUUUAAGGAGCAGAUUUAUGACGUGUACAGGUAUCUUCCUCCGGCCACUCAGGUGUGUUUGAUCAGUGCCACGCUGCCCCAUGAGAUUCUAGAAAUGACCAACAAGUUCAUGACAGACCCCAUCCGUAUCCUGGUCAAACGUGAUGAGUUGACUCUGGAGGGGAUCAAGCAGUUUUUCGUGGCUGUUGAGCGAGAGGAGUGGAAGUUUGACACGUUGUGUGACCUGUACGACACGCUGACUAUCACACAAGCCGUCAUUUUCUGUAACACCAAACGCAAGGUGGACUGGCUGACAGAGAAGAUGAGAGAAGCAAACUUCACUGUGUCAUCUAUGCAUGGAGACAUGCCACAGAAAGAGAGAGAGUCUAUCAUGAAGGAGUUCAGAUCUGGAGCCAGUCGAGUGUUGAUCUCCACAGAUGUUUGGGCCAGAGGUCUGGAUGUUCCUCAGGUUUCUCUCAUCAUCAACUAUGAUCUGCCCAACAACAGAGAGCUGUACAUUCACAGGAUUGGUCGAUCGGGGCGUUACGGCAGGAAGGGUGUGGCCAUCAACUUUGUGAAGAAUGAUGACAUUCGUAUCCUGCGUGAUAUCGAGCAGUACUACUCCACACAGAUCGAUGAAAUGCCCAUGAACGUUGCUGAUCUGAUCUGAUCGGAGAUGUUGAAUGCAGGCUGAAACUUCCAAUAACACUUUUAUUCUCAUUCGGAUCUUAUUUUUCCACCUCUUGUCUUUUUUUUAUUUUUAAUUUCCUCUAGUGUUUUUAUGUAGUUUGAGCGAGUCAUUGGAUAUUGUGUUUAAGUAACGGCUGUUCCAUGCUCUUCGUUGGAUUUUGUAAAUAAAGAUUCUUUGUCACAGUC